ACUUCCGGUUUGUCGUUGCUAUAGGAACCGCUACGGCGUUUGAAAGUGCCCGGGUUGCUUAGGCUCCCUUCAGGUAGCGCCUCUGGAUACAUACGUGGUCUGCUGACCCAGAGAGAAACGAAAGCAGAACUCUUUGGCGGGAGAUCAUGUCAGCCGUGGUAGCUCAGACGCUGCAUGUUUUUGGUCUUCGAUCCCACGUGGCCAACAAUAUCUUCUACUUCGAUGAACAGAUCAUUAUAUUUCCUUCAGGAAAUCACUGUGUGAAGUACAAUGUGGAUCAGAAAUGGCAAAAAUUCAUUCCAGGCUCAGAGAAGAGUCAGGGCAUGUUGGCCUUGUCCAUCAGUCCCAAUCGGCGGUACCUCGCUAUCUCUGAGACUGUGCAAGAAAAACCUGCCAUCACCAUUUAUGAAUUGUCAUCCAUCCCUUGCCGGAAGCGCAAAGUUCUUAAUAAUUUUGACUUCCAAGUUCAGAAAUUUAUUAGCAUGGCCUUUUCCCCAGACUCCAAAUACCUAUUGGCUCAGACGUCACCUCCAGAGUCAAAUCUUGUCUACUGGCUGUGGGAAAAACAGAAAGUAAUGGCCAUUGUUAGAAUCGACACUCAGAACAACCCUGUCUACCAGGUGAGCUUCAGUCCACAGGAUAACACUCAGGUGUGUGUCACUGGAAAUGGGAUGUUUAAGCUUCUCCGUUUUGCUGAGGGAACCCUGAAGCAAACCAACUUUCAGAGGGGAGAACCCCAAAACUAUCUAGCCCAUACCUGGGUGGCUGAUGACAAGAUUGUCGUUGGCACUGACACAGGCAAACUCUUCCUCUUUGAAUCUGGAGAUCAGCGUUGGGAGACCAGCAUAAUGGUCAAGGAACCUACCGAUGGCUCAAAGAGCCUGGAUGUCAUCCAGGAAUCAGAGAGCCUGAUUGAAUUUCCACCAGUCAGUUCUCCACUCCCUUCCUAUGAACAGAUGGUGGCGGCCAGUAGCCACAGCCAGAUGUCCAUGCCCCAGGUGUUUGCCAUUGCAGCCUAUUCAAAGGGAUUUGCCUGUUCUGCUGGGCCAGGGAGAGUUCUGCUGUUUGAGAAGAUGGAAGAAAAGGAUUUUUACCGUGAGAGCAGAGAAAUCAGGAUUCCUGUGGACCCGCAGAGCAAUGAUCCAAGUCAGCCUGACAAACAGGACGUUCUCUGCCUGUGCUUCAGCCCCUCAGAGGAAACUCUGGUUGCCAGCACCAGUAAGAACCAACUCUACAGCAUCACCAUGUCCCUGACAGAGAUCAGCAAGGGGGAGCCUGCUCACUUUGAGUAUUUGAUGUAUCCAUUGCACUCAGCACCCAUCACCGGUCUAGCUACCUGCAUCCGCAAACCCCUUAUAGCCACCUGUUCUCUGGAUCGAUCCAUCCGCCUUUGGAAUUAUGAAACAAACACCCUGGAACUAUUUAAGGAAUACCAAGAAGAGGCAUAUUCCAUCAGCCUUCAUCCAUCUGGACACUUCAUUGUAGUAGGGUUUGCUGACAAACUACGCCUCAUGAAUCUACUCAUUGAUGAUAUACGUUCUUUCAAAGAAUACUCUGUUAGAGGAUGCGGAGAGUGUUCCUUUAGCAACGGAGGUCACCUGUUUGCUGCAGUCAAUGGAAAUGUGAUUCACGUUUACACCGCCACGAGCCUAGAGAACAUCUCAAGCCUGAAAGGACACACAGGGAAGAUUCGCUCAAUUGUGUGGAAUGCAGAUGAUAGCAAACUGAUUUCUGGUGGCACAGAUGGUGCUGUGUAUGAAUGGAAUCUGUCCACAGGAAAGAGAGAGACAGAAUGCGUGCUCAAGUCUUGCAGCUACAACUGUGUUACUGUCUCCCCCGAUGCCAAAAUUAUCUUUGCUGUUGGAUCAGACCACACCCUCAAGGAGAUUGCAGAUUCCUUGAUCCUUCGAGAGAUAUCGGCGUUUGAUGUCACCUACACCGCCAUUGUCAUCUCGCAUUCUGGACGCAUGAUGUUUGUGGGCACCUCAGUGGGAACCAUUCGUGCCAUGAAGUACCCUCUGCCUCUGCAGAAGGAAUUCAAUGAGUACCAGGCCCAUGCCGGUCCUAUCACCAAGAUGUUGCUUACCUUUGAUGAUCAGUUCCUGCUGACUGCUGCUGAGGAUGGCUGCCUGUUCACCUGGAAGGUCUUUGAUAAGGAUGGCCGGGGAAUCAAGCGAGAGAGGGAGGUGGGCUUUGCUGAAGAGGUGCUUGUGACUAAAACAGACAUGGAAGAAAAGGCUCAGGUUAUGUUGGAGCUAAAGACUCGUGUGGAGGAAUUAAAAAUGGAGAAUGAGUAUCAACUCCGACUAAAGGACAUGAACUAUUCUGAGAAGAUUAAGGAGCUAACAGACAAGUUCAUCCAGGAAAUGGAGUCCUUGAAAACAAAAAACCAGGUCUUAAGAACAGAAAAAGAGAAGCAGGAUGUUUAUCACCAUGAGCACAUAGAAGACCUCCUAGACAAGCAAAGCCGGGAACUGCAAGACAUGGAAUGUUGCAACAACCAAAAGUUGCUUCUAGAAUAUGAGAAGUACCAGGAGCUGCAGCUCAAGUCCCAGAGGAUGCAGGAAGAGUAUGAAAAACAGCUCCGGGAUAACGAAGAGACCAAGAGCCAGGCCCUGGAGGAGCUGACUGAGUUUUACGAGGCAAAACUGCAGGAGAAAACCACCCUUCUGGAAGAGGCACAGGAAGACGUCAGGCAGCAGCUGCGGGAGUUUGAAGAGACCAAGAAGCAGAUUGAGGAAGAUGAAGACCGAGAAAUCCAAGAUAUCAAAACCAAGUAUGAGAAAAAGCUUCGGGAUGAAAAGGAAUCAAACCUGCGGCUCAAGGGGGAAACAGGCAUCAUGAGGAAGAAGUUCAGCAGCCUACAGAAGGAGAUUGAAGAACGAACCAAUGACAUCGAGACCCUAAAAGGAGAGCAGAUGAAGCUGCAAGGAGUCAUUAAGUCUCUGGAGAAGGACAUCCAAGGCCUCAAGCGAGAGAUCCAGGAAAGAGACGAGACUAUUCAAGACAAGGAGAAGCGAAUUUAUGAUCUGAAAAAGAAAAAUCAAGAACUAGGGAAAUUCAAGUUUGUGCUUGACUACAAAAUAAAGGAGCUGAAGAAGCAAAUAGAACCUCGAGAGAAUGAGAUCAGGGUGAUGAAGGAACAGAUUCAGGAGAUGGAAGCUGAACUGGAGAAUUUCCAUAAGCAGAACACUCAACUGGAGCUGAACAUCACAGAAUUGUGGCAGAAACUGAGAGCCACCGAUCAGGAGAUGCGCAGAGAGAGACAGAAGGAGCGAGACUUGGAAGCGCUGGUCAAAAGGUUUAAAACAGACCUCCACAACUGCGUAGCCUAUAUUCAGGAACCGCGGCUGCUGAAGGAGAAGGUUCGAGGUCUCUUUGAGAAGUACGUGCAGCGAGCAGACAUGGUGGAGAUCGCAGGGCUGAACACAGACCUGCAGCAGGAGUACGCCCGGCAGCGGGAGCACCUGGAGAGGAACCUGGCCACUCUCAAGAAGAAGGUGGUCAAGGAGGGCGAGCUGCACCGCACAGACUACAUCCGCAUCAUGCAGGAAAAUGUCUCUCUGAUCAAGGAAAUUAAUGAGCUCCGCAGGGAGCUGAAGUUCACUCGGUCCCAAGUCUAUGACCUUGAAGCAGCUCUGAAACUGACCAAGAAAGUCCGACCACAAGAAGUUUCAGAGACAGAACCCAGCAGGGACAUGCUCAGCACAGCUCCCGCCGCAAGGUUGAAUGAGCAAGAAGAAACUGGGAGGAUCAUUGAAAUGCAGCGCCUAGAAAUCCAGCGCCUCAGAGACCAGAUCCAAGAGCAAGAGCAGGUCACAGGGUUUCACACCCUCGCUGGAGUUCGGCUUCCUUCCCUCUCCAACUCCGAGGUAGACUUAGAGGUGAAGACCAACUGACCCCCUCUGGUGAGCCAUCUCCAGCCACAGCCAGAAGAAACACAGCAUGUCUGUCCCCAAGCCAGACUUGCAGUUGGAGUCUGUAUGGUCCCUGCAGCACUGACCCCAGCAACCUCUUUCUCUUGCCCUGGGGAAUUUGGGACACAGAAUAAAGGUGUUUGCCCACA